AUGGCAUACAGGUACUACUUUGAAGUGGCCCAGGCGAGACCGACGACCCGUCUCGAGCGCGACUAUAGCUUCUCGAGUUCUCGCUCCCCCCCCCCCCCCCCCCCUGGCUCCUUCUCGGUCCACAGCAUCCCGGUCCACCGAUCGCUGCGCAGGGGCACACACACUGAGCAGCCGAAUGGCCUCCACCCACAGAGUUUACACCGCGCAGGGAAGGAAUACCAGAGCGGCUCAGGUUGGACAAGCUCGCCUCGCCCGAGUCGUCCGCUGUCCGAUCGCGCCCCUCGUCGCCGCACACCUCCUCCAUUUCCACCCCUACCACCGCCGCAUUCAAUGUUCUAACCCCUGGCUCAACACCCAAGGCAUCGACAAUACCUCAUCCUCCGCUCGCGCCCGAGCAAGCCGCAGCGCCGCCGGAUCCCACAGCUGAGACCGGCGGCGCUCUGGCCGAAUCGACCUCGCAGCGCGAUUUGAAUGCCGCUCGUGCCGCGCUCGCCGAUGUGCACCUCACCAAGGCCAACACCGACCCCGAACACUAUGGUCGCCAUGCCGAAUCCUCUUCCUCCACUUCAUCCCAGCCCGGGAAUCUUGUCAUCUCCAUCGAUGCAGCUCGAGCCGUCUCCCUCUCGGCUUCGGCUUCCUCGUCUCGCAACGCAUCCCCAACGGCGCCAAAACCUCCGACCUUCCCUCGUCGUCAUUCGGGAUCCCAGACCUCUCUAUCAUCGCGACGAAGCAGUAACGCGAGCAUCCCGCACGAGACGGCGCGUCGACUCUCGACGAGUUCGGCCCACCUUCUCUCGCCUCGAGCCGCGGGCGAGUCGGCAGGGUGGACCCCCACAGAUGUGCAGCAUUCCCCUGUGACCGAAGGCGUCGUCGAUCUCUCCUCCUCGACGAACCAAUCCGCUCUCUCGACUUCAGCUUCGACCUCUUCGCUCAAAUUUGAAUUGAUCGUCAGGGACUUUGCUUAUCCUUCCGACGACCCGAGGUUCAAAGGCCUGCCGCACCCGGAUGAGGUCAAUGAUAAGAGAGAUAGUUCGUCGAGGGCGAGUCGGAUGAGUGGGCUGAACUCACCGGCGUUUGGGAAUGAUGCGUUUGGGGCUUCGAGUUCGAGUGCUUGUGAGUUGGACGGCUACUGCCGAGUGCGUAGAACGGCGCCAUGGACACUCGCACUUACGGAACCAUCCAUUCCGCUACCAGUCUCGUGGGGUUUCGUCACCUCCCACGCCACCGAUUUCAACACCUCCGAAGACGAUUCCCAACUCUACUCGGAAGACGACGCCUCCUCCCGCUCCGAUUUCGACUACGCCGAUGCGCACUCCGCCGAAUUGAAACUCGGUGAAUUCGUCCCCGGCAUUUAUUCGGCCAUGUACGACUUUGCGCCUGAACUCGAUACGGAAAUGUCGAUCAGUACGGGCGAACUCGUCACCGUGUUUUCGAGACAAUGUGCGGGAUGGGUUCAAGCGGCUAGGGUGGGGCAGGAUGGGAACGUGACGGGGGAGAUGGGCUUGGUGCCGGAGAAUUACUUGGCGUUGAUUGAGGAAGGGGAAUUCGUGACGAGUGAGACGCCGAUGAUGACUGGCGUUGGAGUUGGGGAUGAGGUGGAGUAUCAUGAUGAGACGCCUUCGGCGAAUGAGGUGAAUCCUUACGAGGAGGAGAGGGAGGACAUGGACGAGAGUGCGAAUGGGCCACGGAGAGGCGGGGAGGCGUUGAACGACGAAGAUGGAUCCAAGGUUUCGAUGUCGGCAACACCGACGAGCGACCCGAGAACGGAGGCGUGA